AGUCGCGUAUAACUUUUUUUACUCCCGGCUGUCUUACGAGGCACCUCCAGUAGGAGAUGACGAGGGGGUUGUCCCAGUAGAUCCCGCCCCUCCGGUCUCGGGCAGCAUAUAAAUGGUUUGCAACGACUGGUGAAAGGAACAAGAACUUGCACCAUGAACUGCAGCGCUCCGCCGCCGGGAUCUCCGACUCUCUGCCUGCAGCCACUAUGGGACCGCCUGCUGGGCUUGGAAGGCUGGAUCAGGUCCCCCUUCUUCCCCGUGAGCUUCUCGCUGGGGGUCUACUUGUCCUUCUGCCUCCCGUACGUGGUCAUGGACCUCCUAGCCCCACGGGUGGUCGCCCUGCAGAGGUACAAGAUCCAGGCUCAGAACCACCCCAGCGUCAAGAUGAUGGCCAACUGCCUGGUCCAGACCCUGUACAACCACCUCAUCUUCAUCUUCCCCUUGUCCGUGGGACACUGGUACUGGAGCCCGAUGGACCUUCCGCUCGCAGCGCCCGAGUUGCCCAGGACGGUGUUGGACAUCUUGGCUUGCCUGCUGCUCUUCGACUUCCAGUACUUCGUGUGGCACCUCCUUCACCACAAGGUGCCCUGGCUCUACCGCACCUUCCACAAGGCCCACCACAAGUACACGGCCACCUUCGCCCUCACCACCGAGCACUCCGGCGCCUGGGAGACCCUGUCCCUGGGAUUCUUCGCCGCCGUCAACCCGGUCAUCCUCGGGUGCCACCCGCUCUGCAGUUUCCUCUUCUUCACCGUCAACAUCUGGCUGUCGGUGGAGGACCACUCGGGCUAUGACCUCCCCUGGGCCACCCACCGCCUGGUGCCAUUCGGCCUGUUCGGGGGUGCACCCCACCACGACCUGCACCACAUGAAGUUCAAGGCCAACUAUGCACCAUACUUCACGCACUGGGACCGGCUUCUGGGCACCCUCGCCACGCUCCACGCCAAAUCCACGUGAGACCGUGGAUCCCAAAAACGCUUGUCCGGGAAAAGAUAUUGAUGGGGAGACAAUAGGCAAUAGACAAUGGACAAUGGACAAUGGACAAUAGGUGCAGGAGUAGGCCAUUCGGCCCUUCGAGCCAGCACUUGCCAUUCAAUGUGAUCAUGGCUGAUCAUCCACAAUCAAAGCAUGAUGUUUUCAACGCAAACAAAAAAAAGACUGACUUCACCGAAGAGAUGUUUGUUUAGCUCAAGACUUUGCAACUCUCUCAUUCAUUGUUCUUUGUCUCUCCACCACUUCGACCGCAUCUGUCGUGUCCCUGGACCCGACUCUCAAGCCUGAAGAACAAGUCUCGACCCGAAACAUCGUCUCCCCAGAGAUGCUGCUGAGUCCCCCGCUGAGUUACUCCAGCACGUUGUGCCCAUCUUCGGUUAUCCACUGAAGAGCGAUUCUGCUGAAGAGACGUUUUCAACAAAGGACUUUUACUUGUAUGAAAGGAACAUUGCUACACUACGGUCACCCACCUGAGACUGUGGUCGCCGUGUGUAAAUAAAGAACUCGUAACACAAUAACUGAAAUAACUGCAAAGCACUUUAAAUGUUUUUACUUGAAGUUCGUUGCUUCGAGUUUCUAAUGCAAAUAUCGGUCAUUACUGCCGGUCGGUAAUCACGUUGACACGGAGUUAGCAAAGACUCUGAAAGUCUGGCUGGAAGUGUGUAACAUUUUUCAAAUUGUAAAGCAUUGAUUUAUUUUUGCUACAGACGUUUUUCGCGAGUUUUUACAAUUAAUAUUCGCAAAGUUUGCACUGAUAUAUUUAUGUGUUUAAUAUAUGAAUUAAAAAAUUGAAAUUUAUUUA